UUUGCUGGAAGAAGCAGGAUGCUGGUGACAGCGUGUGAGCUACUCUGUCGCCUGGAGUGGUCCCCACCAGCAUAGAUCGGACCCACCAGUCCUUUCCAAGCUGUUGUUGUGGACAGUAAUAGUUUUCAACAGUUGGUAGUGCAGGGGAGGACAUGACUCCGAGUUAAUUAAUACCAGACUGUGUGUGUCGUGAAGUUGACGCUCGCAUUUAGGAGAUUGGGAUUGGAGUUGAUGCAUUUGGACUGCUUAUCGGCAAUGUUGUCGCAGAAGCAGGUUUGGCGAAAAGAGUGAUUGAAUAUUGGAGGUGGGUUUUUGGAAAUUUGAUCUCCUGCUGAGAAGUUCAUUAUGGAUUAGGGUUUCGUCUUCGACUCGGGAUGUAUCGUUGCGACAGUGUUGUCGUAGUUGAUGACACGAACUUGACCCAACAGGCGAGAAAAAAAGGCGCCCUAACAAGGUAUCACGUCGAAUGCAGUCAAGUAUUGAUUUCUUCUUUGGGGACAUGCUACCCGAAUAGCGGUCCCACCGCAUCGUUCACGCGCUGCGAAUGUCCAAAGACGGGUUGAAAAGAGCAGCGUUGAGUCAAUCCGGCACGCAGACUGGCACCUUCUGAAACUAGUGCUUUUCUUCGAAUCGCCCACAGAAAUCAUCCGAGUUCAAAGUCAACCAACGCUUGGUGUCCAAAGCGCAUGUGACGGAAUGAAUUAGUGUUUUUCAAUCGUAGCCUCAGUGAAUCUCUGGACGGCAACCAGAGGAAGAAGACAUCGAGAGGUUGGCGCUGUCGACUCCCCCGGGAUCGUGUUGAACCCACGCUCCCCAUUACUGGAGUCGCAUUUCACCUCCGCCAACAAAGAUCGGGCCUUUUUCGCAGCUGAGUUCGACUCAGAAGCGCGGCAAUUCACGCUGCUUGGAGAGAAGUCUGCUUGACAAUUAUCUAGAGAGGGAAUAGUAAUCUCGGAGAACCAGUUUUAUCUAUUAGUUUCCAUCGUUGUUGUUGUUGUUUUCUUAUCGGUCUUUGAAGUGGAGAAGCAAAUUUUUUGGAGGUGCAAUUUGGAUUUGCAAGCGGCUUGAGUUGGGUUUGGUGCACGAAAGGGAAUUUUGGAAGUGUUAGAGAACACCGAAGGAGAGGGAAGUUGUUAAAAAAGGUGUGUGGCUUGGAGGAUUAGGGUGAGCAGUGAAGGACGGAUUGAGAACUGUGUUCAUAGGAUCGAGAUGGCAUCUAAUCUAAGCAGAGGGAGGGUGAGUUGGAAUUCUGCAUGCGAGGACAAGAUCUCCGAGGGUGUGGAGUUGUGUCCAUUUCUGAGAAAUAUUGGCGUUACAACUAGCUUCGCUUUCUCCAAUUUGAAUUUUCCUGUUCCUGCUCCUAGAAGAGCAGGUCGAGGUCCAAUUUUUGAGGAUGGGCCGGGGUUUGAGAACUCCUUCCGUCUGUUUCAUGGAAAGGAUGGUGUGGUUCCGUUAGCGCGUGCCUCGGGAGAGCAGCAGAGCUCGGAGCCACUUGUGAAUUCUACUGAAGCUUCUAAUCUGAGUUUUCAUCCGUUGUCCGCUCGCGCUGCUGCAAUUAGUUUAUCCCCGUUUGGACCAGCAGGGCCCUUUGGGUUCGACAUCUUUAUGGCAAAGCAGAAUGUGAAGAAGCCGAGCAAGAAGCAACCGAAGAAAGAACCUCAACCCGACAAGGAACAUAAGUCCAGCUUAGAAUCCCAUAUGCACGAGGCCAUGAGCAGCGAAUGGCUAGCCACAGGCCAAUGCCCAAUAGCAAAAUCAUUUCGUGCUGUAAGCGGCGUCUUGCCAUUGGUUUCAAAGCUGUUGCCACAGCUACCGAAAGGAAUGAAAUACAGGUGCCCUCCUGCCAUUGUAGCUGCUCGAGCAGCAUUAGCGAAAACUUCUGCAGUGAAAGCACUAAGGCCCCAAGCUCUACCCACAAAAGUGCUAGCAAUUGGUAUGCUAGGAAUGGCAUUAAAUGUUCCACUAGGUGCAUGGCGGGAGCACACGAAGAAAUUUUCUCCACAAUGGUUUCUGGCCGUUCAUGCCACCAUUCCUUUUAUUGCAAUGCUGAGGAAAGCAGUGGUGAUGCCAAAGUAUGCUGUGGCGUUCACAAUAGCAUCUGCAGUAUUAGGGCAAGCAGUGGGAGCUCGUGCUGAGAAAUUUCGCAUAGCGAACCUAAAUUCUCCAGUAUCUUCAUCAACUUCUCAGGUUGCAGAAGUGUCACUCUUGUCCUCGUCGAUCAGUUCGCCUCCUACUCUUGCUGAGUCUUCGUCAUUGCUGGAGCAGUCCACCUUUGGAACCCUUCAGGAAGCACAUGGAGAGAGGUUCACAGGUUUUCCUCUUGCUUCGCAGUGUGGUACAGAUUCUCUUUUGGACCAUCCUAUGGGCUCUUUUUCUCUGCCUGUGAUUGUUAGCUGAUUCUUUGAGAGUUUCUCAAAUUUUCUUACUCUUUCCUGGUCUAGCUCUUAAGCAGUUGUUGGUCUUCGCAGUAAAUGAUCACAUUGUACAGAGGAUUUGAGGUCAUUUCAGUUACAAAAUGGCAGGGGAGGUAUCAGUAGAGUUUUAGACGAGGCUCAUUUCUUUCAAUUUAUCACAAACAAACGUCACAUUUGCCACCCAAUAAAAUUUAACCUUCGUGGGGUGGGUGGUUGAAUUUUAGCCACCUGCUUUUAGCAAUA